CAGGUAGCGCGGCCGCUCUCGCCUCGCGCCGCCCCGUCCCGCCCACUGGCAGCGACGCCCCUCCCCCCCCCGCUCUCCCCUCCCCCCCCCCCCCCGCCGCCGCUUCUCCGCUUCUCCCCCACUGCCCCGUGCGGCCCGCCGCCAUUUGACAAACGGGCCGGGCCGGUCGGGGCUUCACCCCCGGCGCCGGGCGCUGCCGGAGCCGCCGGUCAUGAAAAUGAGUUGCACAAUUGAAAAAGCCUUAGCAGAUGCGAAAGCUCUGGUGGAACGGCUAAGGGAACAUGACAAUGCAGCAGAAGCUCUUAUUGAACAGACUACAGCUCUUAACAAGCGGGUUGAAGCAAUGAAACAGUACCAAGAAGAAAUUCAAGAGCUCAAUGAAGUAGCAAGACAUCGCCCUCGGUCUACAUUAGUGAUGGGUAUCCAACAAGAAAACAGACAGAUUAGGGAACUGCAACAGGAGAAUAAAGAACUACGCACAUCUCUUGAAGAACAUCAGUCUGCUUUGGAACUCAUAAUGAGCAAGUACAGAGAACAGAUGUUUAGGUUGCUUAUGGCGAGCAAAAAGGAUGAUCCAAGUAUAAUAAUGAAGUUAAAAGAGCAACAUUCCAAGGAGCUGCAAGUGCAUGUGGACCAAAUUACAGAAAUGGCAGCAGUAAUGAGAAAAGCCAUUGAAAUUGAUGAAAAGCACGGCUGUAAAGAGCAGGAACGGAUCAUUCAGCUUGAGCAAGAAAACAAAGGCUUGAGAGAAAUUCUUCAAAUAACCAGAGAAUCAUUUCUGAACCUCAAGAAAGAAGAUGCAUCAGAGAGCACAUCUCUGUCAGGAUUAGUAACAAGCAGUGAUUUGAGCCUGAGGAAAAGCUAAAGACUAUGGAAGUCAACAAGCUUCAAUUGCACACUUUACAAAUGGAUUUAUCAGGGGUCACUUGUCAAGCACUUGUUACUGAAUAGGGCACCAGCAAGCUAAUGCAUCUUAAACUCCAGUUUAGUGGCUUUUAUACUGCGUAAAAUCUAAAUUGGUAUUCUACAAAAAAUCUUAGUGACAGGUUAGUUGCCAUAGAUCUAACUUCAGUAGGAGAUGGAUUAAUGCGCUUACUGAACUGGGAAUUAUUUUUAUAUUAAGUCAUUUUACAGAUAAAGGGCUUCACAUAAUUUAUAUAAAUUAUUACUCAUACAAAGUUUCAGUGCACCUGUUAUAUAAUAAAGGUAAGAUUUAAAGUCUGAUCUCUGGCUAAAAAGUUGUAAUUUAGGAAUAUGCUUUGUGCAUGAGCCACAUUACAUUUUUUCCUUUUAGUAGGUUUUUAAUAAAUUCUUAUUUUGCAACGAACCUGUUUAAUGGAAAGAGGACGUAGGCAGCAGAAAACUUAAACAUUUCUGUUAUUUAGCCACAACAGGGUAUCUUGUUCAAAUAUUAGGCCAACUGUUUAAACAUAAGCAAUGUUUUUUGCAGUUGUUCAAUAUUUUUUUUUAAAUUGAACAAGAUUCUUUAAAAUAUGUACACUUAAUUGUAUUUUCAAAACAUGAAAAGAGCUGCUCCCACUUUAUUGCUUCCAGGAACAUGGGUAGCAUUGUAUAAUUCUGCCUUACUUUUCAGUUUCACGAGAGAAAGCCAGGCUCAGUUCUCUGUAGGCAAGAAGUCACAUUAGUCCCAUCUAUCUCUUCUCCAUGUCCCUGCCCCAACUGCCUCACUGGGAAACAGCGAUUUGAAAGCACCUGAAUGUUGUCAGCAGCAAGGCAGCUGGGGGAAGGAGGAAGCAGCUCUAUGGCAAAGCUGGCAGCCUGCACUCAAUACUCCUAAUUUUUUUCUUAAGUCAUCAAGAAGGUUUUUAGGUAACUUUCAGGUAUGCAUUAUGUUUGCACUAGGAAAGGUUUCAAUGUGCUAUACUGACAAAUAGAUUGCUCACUUCUAAUCCUGAAACACUUGCAGAAGUGAAAAGGAAUUGAGUUUUCCUAGAUCAAAAAGUACAGCUUAUAUCAUACGCAGAGCCGAUAGGAGUGCUACACAAGUCAGGCUGGUAGAAAAGAGGUGCCAAAAUAAUUCAUAUUCAGCUUUUGUUUGUCAGACUAUCACUUCUUGGUCAAGGCAGCAAGAACAUUCCUACUAUUGAUGUGUGUCAUCACCUUUUGUCCACCACAUCAAUGUAAUCUUUACUUGGACAGCAUACUCAAGCAGCAGAGCAAAAGGUUUCAGCCACAGAAAACUAGAUCUACAAAUGCCACCCACAGUUGAAUAUUAGGGCUGUUUAAUAACUCCCCUAGCAAAGUGAGUUGAACUCCUGCGCUGAAAUCAACUAUUACUUAAAUUUGAUUUUCAGUUACAACAAUGCAAAAAGAAUUAAGCAUCAAACCCUUGUAAGUGUGUCAGCUUAAAUACAACUUCCUUUGACUCAGUAGAGCUUUCCUGGGCUCAAGCUGAAUGUGCCACAGGUCUACGGGUAACCUUUCAGUGCCCACUGAGCUAAUUUAGAGGGAACUCAAUAUUUUUUUUUGUUGCUGCCCACCUUCCCAUAGUGCUUUUAAGAGAAAAAAAGUGUUAGGAAAGGAGUGUUCAAGCAGAGACAAUAAAUGCUACUUUUCAGUUAACUACUGCACAUGCUAGGAAAUGCAGUUGAAAGACAUGAAUCAAGCUCUCCAAAUUUUCACAGCAUUUUUUAUAAAUGGAGAAAUUGCAACUUCUCUUUCCAGAGCAUCUUGGCUUGUUUCUAGGCUUAAGAAUAUACUGAGGACAUUCACAUGCAUGGGAAAAGUUUUAACCAUUUCCAAACCUGCUAAACACAUGGGGGGAAUUUUUUGGGGAACAUUUUAGCUCAAUCACAAAAUACAUCUGCUAUUAUUAUUUGUAAAACCUUGCCAAUGCUUCUAUAAUUUAGAUUUGUAUUUCUACUGUAGCUUGCAAGCUGGUGACUUAUCAGAAGCAACAUCUUUUUUGAAUGGAGUGUUUUGUUGUUGCAAACUUACAAGAAGUUUUGGGUUAAGUUAUUUUUUUUAGAAGUGUCUUUUCAGCCAUUGACUGGUAUCGGAGGCAGUUAUAUCCAUUUAAUGCUGAAUGCAGUUUCAUGGCUGACUUUCCAGGUUGUCUUUCAAGUACAACCUCCGGAGCUGGAUAGCAGAGGAGAGCUGUUAGUCUGUGGCAGUGGUUUAAGGUUGCUCUAUUAUGAAAUAAUGCUUGAUUAGUGUUUAUUUUUGUAAAUUAAAAAAAUGUGACUUAAUUUAUCUAUUCCUAGUCUUCACGUUUGAUACGUCUUCCCUGUCGUUCCCCUGACCUGAUCACUUUAGGAUUUUAAAGAACCUUCACAGUGUGAGGAGUGACUAUUUUUCAUUGCAUACCUGUUAUUUUUGUAAUGCAGAUGGCUUGAAAAGAAUUUAUCGCUAGAGUUGUGUACUGUACAGUAAACUUAUUUUAUCAAUAAAGUCAACUGAAAAUA